CCACUACUUUAAAUAAAAUCGUAAAUCUCAUAUAAACAAUUAUUGGUUGCAGUGAUAUUAGAAGAACAAACAUUUCGGGACGAAGACGAAACUCUAUGUCAGUGUAAUCCCGGGGGGUUUCUUUCUUAAAGUUUGUGCAAAAUGCUGGGCUGGCUUGUAAUACCCUGGAAUCAAAUCUUCACUGCUGCAUGUGGCUGCUUUCUAAGCGAUAGAAACUACAUUCACAUGAUGGAGUCAAAUCUCGAUGCUCUGCAGAAAACUAUGGAAGAACUUAAGAAUGGACGAGAUGACCUGUUAGGAAGAGUUUCCAUAGAAGAAGAUAAAGGUUUGCAACGACUUGCUCAAGUCAAUGGAUGGCUUUCCAGGGUACAAAUUGUUGAAUCCGAAUUCAAGGAUCUGCUUGAGGCUAUGUCAAUCGAAACCGGAAGAUUGUGUUUGUUGGGAUAUUGCUCUGAGGAUUGCAUAUCAAGCUACAAUUAUGGUGAAAAGGUAUCGAAGAUGUUGGAAGAAGUUAAAGAACUUCUAUCUAAAAAAGAUUUUAGAAUGGUCGCGCAGGAAAUUAUACAUAAGGUGGAGAAGAAGCUUAUCCAAACCACAGUUGGUUUGGAUAAACUGGUGGAAAUGGCGUGGAGCAGCCUGAUGAACGAUGAAAUAGGAACCUUGGGACUUUAUGGUAUGGGGGGAGUAGGAAAAACCACCCUCUUAGAAAGUCUCAACAACAAAUUUGUUGAACUGGAGAGUGAAUUUGAUGUAGUGAUAUGGGUUGUGGUAUCUAAAGACUUUCAGUUCGAGGGCAUUCAAGAUCAGAUUCUGGGAAGAUUACGUUCUGACAAGGAAUGGGAAAGAGAAACAGAAAGUAAGAAAGCCUCUCUCAUAUACAAUAACCUUGAGAGAAAGAAAUUUGUGUUGUUGUUGGAUGAUCUCUGGAGUGAAGUAGAUAUGACUAAGAUAGGAGUUCCACCUCCAACUCGAGAAAAUGGAUCGAAGAUUGUUUUCACCACUCGUUCAACGGAAGUUUGCAAGCACAUGAAAGCUGACAAGCAGAUAAAAGUUGCUUGUUUGUCCCCAGAUGAAGCGUGGGAAUUGUUUCGACUUACUGUUGGAGAUAUCAUAUUAAGGAGCCAUCAAGAUAUUCCCGCACUUGCAAGAAUAGUUGCUGCAAAAUGCCAUGGCUUGCCACUUGCACUCAAUGUCAUUGGCAAAGCCAUGUCAUGUAAAGAAACUAUACAAGAAUGGUCUCAUGCGAUUAAUGUUCUGAAUUCGGCUGGCCACGAGUUUCCAGGUAUGGAAGAAAGAAUUCUUCCCAUUUUGAAGUUCAGUUAUGAUAGCUUGAAGAAUGGUGAAAUCAAAUUGUGCUUCCUAUAUUGUUCUCUGUUUCCUGAAGAUUCUGAAAUACCGAAGGAGAAGUGGAUAGAAUACUGGAUAUGCGAAGGAUUUAUAAAUCCAAACAGAUAUGAAGAUGGAGGUACCAACCAUGGUUAUGAUAUAAUUGGCUUGUUAGUUCGUGCACAUUUGUUGAUUGAAUGUGAACUCACAGACAACGUUAAAAUGCAUGAUGUGAUACGUGAGAUGGCUCUUUGGAUAAAUUCUGACUUCGGAAAACAACAAGAAACAAUCUGUGUGAAAUCUGGUGCUCAUGUACGUAUGAUACCGAAUGACAUCAAUUGGGAGAUUGUGAGAACGAUGUCUUUUACUUGUACUCAGAUUAAGAAGAUAUCUUGUCGUUCCAAAUGCCCCAACCUUUCAACCCUUUUAAUCCUAGAUAACAGGUUGUUGGUGAAAAUUUCAAAUAGAUUCUUUCGGUUUAUGCCAAAACUUGUGGUCUUGGAUCUUUCUGCAAACCUCGAUCUUAUUAAAUUGCCGGAAGAAAUUUCUAACCUAGGUUCCCUGCAAUAUCUCAAUAUAUCACUCACAGGGAUAAAAUCGCUACCAGUUGGUCUGAAGAAGUUGAGGAAACUAAUCUACUUGAAUCUGGAGUUCACUGGUGUACAUGGGAGUCUUGUUGGGAUAGCAGCAACCUUACCAAAUCUGCAAGUGUUGAAAUUCUUUUAUUCCUGUGUUUAUGUUGAUGACAUAUUAAUGAAGGAAUUACAAGACUUGGAGCACUUGAAGAUUUUAACAGCAAACGUAAAGGAUGUCACGAUUUUGGAAAGGAUACAAGGAGAUGACAGAUUGGCGAGUAGUAUUCGAAGUUUAUGUCUAGAAGAUAUGUCAACACCUCGUGUAAUAUUAAGCACGAUAGCUCUGGGAGGUCUUCAACAACUUGCAAUUCUGAUGUGCAACAUAUCCGAGAUAAGGAUAGAUUGGGAAAGCAAAGAAAGAAGGGAGCUUUCACCAACGGAGAUUCUUCCAUCUACAGGUUCUCCAGGCUUCAAGCAACUCUCCACUGUUUAUAUAAACCAGUUGGAAGGGCAAAGGGAUUUGUCAUGGCUGUUAUAUGCUCAAAAUCUAAAGAAACUAGAAGUGUGCUGGUCACCACAAAUAGAAGAAAUAAUAAAUAAGGAGAAAGGAAUGAAUAUUACCAAACUGCAUCGAGAUAUUGUUGUUCCAUUUGGGAACCUGGAAGACCUUGCGCUACGUCAAAUGGCGGACCUCACGGAAAUUUGCUGGAAUUAUCGGACUCUCCCUAACCUUAGAAAAUCAUAUAUCAACGAUUGUCCAAAGCUACCUGAAGAUAUUUUCGUGCCUCUGCUUCCUGAAAAGAGUCCUUCACGUUUUUUUUUCUUUUAAGUCUAUGUAUGCAUUUGCUUCCUUGUGUGUAGGAACGUGUAGUUCCAAUUUUGUUUCCUAAUAUAUUAUAAAUGAAAAAGCCAAAAAAAAAAAGGCAGAGAAAUUUGCCUGAAGAAUUUUUGUUCUUGUGUUUUUUUCUUUCAUGCUUUGAUUGGGACCUUAUCAGUGGAGAUUAAGAAUGGGAGAAAGCUGUUUCUACGAAAAUUAAUGGUCUAUCUCAUGUAAAGUUUGGAAUAAAGCCAUUACAGAAGUGGCCUCUAUAUAUCUCUCAUGCUUGCUCUGCUCCCACUUUGUGUAACUACAUCCUCGUAGUUCUUAAUUUGGUUUGUAUUUAUAUGUUCUGUGUUGUCUCCUAAGUAACGAGCUAGUUUUAGAUGGCGUUGAUGUUUCUGGAUCGAGCUAGUUUUACAUCCAUGGGAGACGGUGAAAUAAUAAAAUACAAGAUUGUUCUUAGAAGUUAGAACGUUCAUUGAUUUCUAAGUGACUCCAUGUAGCCCCCACCACAAGCAAUUCAGUUCGGAACUAUGGCAAUAUCCAAUACUUUUUUUGA